AUGAACAAAGUUUUGAAAUCUCAUAAACACAAUAUCUCCGAUAUAAAUGAACUUCAAGCUACAUUAAAUAGUAAAGCGGACAAGAACCAUGUUCAUUAUAUAAGUUCAGAUGAACAGAUUAUAACGGACUAUCAUGGAUAUUUAACACAGGAUGAAGAAGUGAAGACGAAAAAUGUUAAUGAAAGAAGAUAUAAAUUCAUUCGUGCUAAAGGUUAUGACAUACACUGUACUGUACAGUAUGACACAGGUAUAGCACCACAAACAUUUGGUUAUAACGCUGAAAUUUAUGCUUCAUACUUCUUUGUUAACGGUGUAUUAGUUGAACCAAGAUUUAUGUUAAGAGUUAAGGCAAAAAUAACUUUUGAAGAUGCUAUUAAAAGUAAAGCUGACAAAAAUGAACUUGACGCAACGAACAAAGUUUUGAAAUCUCAUAAACACAAUAUCUCCGAUAUAAAUGAACUUCAAACUUCUUUAGACAGUAAAGCAGACAAAAACCAUACACAUGAAUCCUUCACUACUGUUAGAGCUGAUGACAUAAUACUGAACUUUGACCUUGGUUCAAGUGCACCUUUAGAGAAUCCAAGUACAAGCGUAAAAGAUACACUAAACAAUUUAGAUAACAGUUGCAGGAAUAUCGAAGAUCAUGCCAGAAACUUUGAAGCAUACGAACUACCAGCAAUGUUAGAUAAGAAAGCCGACAAAACUUAUGUAGAUGAAAAUUAUGCAAAGAAGUCGGAAGUAAAUGCUGCGCUUAAUGGAAAAGCCGAUAAAGAGCACGUGCAUGAAGAAUUUCAAACAAUCAAGAUUAAAGAAAUUAAGGCAUGCAUCGAAAUAGUAACAAAAACAGGAAGAGACGGUGCAACUGUACAAGAACAAAGAAUUUAUCCUCCUACUUUUCCUAAUGGUUUAAUAACAAACAAUAUAAAUAUUGUAGAAGGCAAUAAAACUAUAAACGUUAAACAUGAACUUCUAACAAUGA